UAAAGAUAUCAAGAACCAUCCGAAACCAACACUGGCACUGCAACAAGUUUUGUUGUUUACGCGAUCGGUAAUAAAAAUGGAUACACCUUCAAACUUAAAUCCAGGAACAACCGAAAUUUAUACAAACGUGGCGACGUCGGACAAUCAAGAAAUGAUUAACGGACUUCCUGCGGAAGAUGGAAUUGCAAACGCCGGUAACGACUCGGAUCACCAUUCUACGCAACAUCCGUCAUCUAGAGUCGAGUUGGUUCGAGCUUUCAGUGCCGCAAAUAUACCCCUGCCAGCGUUGAACAUCACAGGACUGGUGGAAUUCCUAGAUGGCAACGUCGCUGAUCCGGUAGCAGCAUCAUCAAGUGAUCAACUUAAGCAAUGCUAUCAACGAUUCAUAAGGCAGGAGCUUGAGUCGCCUCCUUUCUGUGCUGUACCAGGUUGCAAUACAUCAUACGUUGAUAAAUAUACGAUAUUUGAAUUCCCGGACUGCGAGGAAGCCGCUAAGCUUUGGAACCAGGCACUUGGCUUAACCCAUCAAGGCAAUCAGAUGCAGGGUGAGGGCGUUUGUGAGUUACAUUUCGACGAAGCUUUUAUAAUACGCGAUUCAAGCAAAACACGGGCAACACUGAUACCCGGUGCUAAUCCGAAGAAUCAGAGCAAACCAGUUAUCAGAAAAUCUACUCUGGUGUCCAAUAAUCACUGUCGAAUGUGCGGUCUAACGAUUAAGUAUUAUAUGCAGCACACCGUUCCUGAGUUGCAAGCUAUUCAACGUCUGAAACCAGUACUGGAGAUGUGUCUCGAGCUGCACGACUCAAUGCAUCAGCUGCUACCGGUUACUGUUUGUGAUGGAUGUGCAAAUAUGGUGCGAUUCAUCGGAGAAUUCGCCGAAACCUGCUGGAACGCUCAGUUAAAGUUACAACAACGCUAUACUGGCAAAGAUAGUCGGAAAGUUGAACCAUGGAAUAGAGUGUAUCACUAUGUGGAACAUGAAGUUAACCAUACGGAAGUUGUACAUGAGUCUUCUUCCUCCGAACAUACUCUGAACUCACAGCAGAAUUUUGAAAAUUCGGGGGAAUUAAUCACUGGAGACGUUGAUAUGGUUGAAAUUGCCCAUGUUGGUGAAGAAACAGUAGAACUUCUUACUGAGGAGCACACCGAAAACCUUGUAGAAGAUUCUACUGAACUCCUGCCAUUAGAACCUACAAAAAACCUCGCUGAAGAGAACAUUAUAAACCCCUUAGAAGUCCCAGCGGAAAAACCCACAGAAAUCGUGGUAGAAGCACCCAGUUCCGAUAAAGAAGACACACCACAACCCGCUCUAGUUUUAGUGAAAACAGAACCAAUGGAGAAAAUAGUCACAGGCAGUUCUACAUUCAGUGGCGAUGAAACUUACGAACGUGAAUUUAAGAGACGAUAUUAUCCACCUGCGAAGAAAUCGCGUCGCAGCAAGGAACCGAUCGCAAACAUAAACAUUUCCAUCAAUCAAAGUGAAAAAUUUACAUGCAAAAUAUGUUUGCAGCAAUUUAACAAACAAACGGAGCUUGUUAUACAUAACCGGAAGCACGUUAGUGAACGUGAACAAAUGGAUGUUAAACCGAAUGUGCUGCUGGGAGGCUGGAUCAUCGAAUCCAUCAAGUGUUUGCAGUGCAGAAAAUCGUUUCCAACGCCGGACGAGCUCAAAGCCCACACAAGCCAAGAACAUAAGUGUGACGCACACUGCCCGAUAUGUGGAAUGCGAUUCAGAAACAAUGAGGUCCUUAAGCAGCACAGAAAGCGCGCCAAGCGUUGCCUGAUAAAAGAAAGCGAACCCAAUAAGGUCUCAUGAAAUAGAAUCGGACGUAAUUUUACAUUCUAACAUCUACAUUCCUCACGGCCAAGUUCUCAAAUUUUCAUUCAUUAAACUGUAUUCGUUUUGCCUACUUUAACGCGUAUGAAAGUUUUAUUAGCAAAUAAAUCGAGAAAAGUCUUAUA